UCUAAAUUCUCACGAGGGUUUCCGGAUUAUUGCGUGUGUGUGUGUAAGACAGACCUGCGUGUGUGCAUCGACGUAAUCAGGUAUCGAAUAUACAUUUUGAUAAAGAAACCCACCAAAACUGUUCAACUAUGGAAAUUACUCAAGUGAUUAUAAUAUAGGUCACAAUCUUGAAGACUAGAACGUCAAAGACCUUUAAUCAUACUCUCUAUGUAGCGUUGAUAAUAAUACAGAGCAUUGUUUUUUUUCCGGAUAAUACGACCUGUUGACUCAGAUGUAUUGAUUAUUUUUCUACUCACGGUUAAAUUCUGAAUCGGACUACGUGCCUACAACAUUCUAGCAGGACACCAUGAGCAACCCACCUCCGUACGCAGCAUCGCCGCCUCCUCAGGCUGGCUACCCCCCUCCUCAAGGUGGCUACCCUCCACCCCAGGCUGGCUAUCCUCCCCCACAGGCCGGCUACCCACCACCUCAGGGAUACUACCCUCCGCCACAGCCCUACUACCCGCCAGCUCCUAUGCAACAAAAUAUGCAACAGUCUACGUCCAACAAUAAUGUCAUAGUGGUAGGAGGCGGAGCCCCAUCCACACAGACUGUUAUAGUACAAGAAAGACGUGGAGUGAAUCACGUGCUACACUGCAUCAUCACAUUCUUCUUCUUCCCAUGGAUCAUCGUUUGGAUCAUAUUGUGUUGUAUGGACGGUUGUUAAAUCAACAUCCCAGAUUUUCAAGAGUUGAUACAGAACUGGAUGCUGUUAUACGCCAGACUCUACUUUGCAAAAAUAAAAAUAUUGUUCUAUGCAUUUUGUUUAACUUUUCAAGUACCAUACGCAAUUACGCAUACAUUUCAUCUAAAUCAAACUCACUAGAUCUAGAUAAGUUUUCCCUUUCCUUUUCCCCCUCCACGACAAAAGAUUCCUCUGGCAACCUAAGAAGGAUAACUCCUUUAUUUGAUUUAAGUUAUGUUUGACUAGACAGAACAUCAGUAGUUGAAAUGUCACCAUUCUUGUGUGUCGAUAUAUAAUAAAGCACGAAUUUGUGAUGGAAUCAUAAUAGCGCGGGCUUCGGGGGGGGGGGGGGGAGGAGGAGAGGGGCGCAUCUUAUGUAAACAUUGAAAUCAUCGACCACUUCUGCAACAGUUAAUACAUGAUUGUUAAAAGAUUACAAAGACAUGACAUUUGUAUUUUAAUCAGAAUCGUACUUAAUGUACCAAACAAAUUCAUAGUUUAAAAAAAAAACAACCCAGGGCAUCCUAAAAUACGUAUGCACAAUUUGUUACUGCUUUUGUUACUUUAUUUGAUACGUAUGUUAUUGUAUGUAUUAGUUUGUUUUUCCUACCGGUACUUUCUCUUCCGUGUUAAUACCAGUUCCAAGUUUUUUGUUUCCUGAAGGUGUAGGGCUGCCGGGAGAUUGAAGUAAGGUCCCACCUUUACCUGUAACCAAAAUCUAACCUCAGCUUAUGUGGCCAGCACAAUGACUGCCAGGAGCCUAUCCCAUAAGAGCUAGAUGUGGACUCAGUAGAAACAAUUAUUUGAAAAGAAGUUGUGAUUUUAUUAGGGGGGGGGGGGCGUGGAGGCAGAGUGGUAAGCGCUUUGCUUCUGAACCGAGGAAUCAUGAGUUUAAAUCCUAGUGAAGACAGUUUUCGAGAUCUUUAAGGUGCCAUCGAGUCCACUCAAUUCUUAAGGGUACUUGACAUACAGUGGCGUAGCUAGGGUGGUGGGAGUAGAAUUGCAAAAUCCCCCCCAAAUAAGUGUUUGAAUUUAUUUUUUUUAAUUAAAUAUUCGUAAAAACAAUGCAAGGGCCCCCAAAGAGGUCAAGCCCCCUGGGCCCAUAAAUGAUGGCAAAUUCCUAGCUACGCCACUGCUGACAUACUAAGGGGAUGUAAACGUGCUUGGUCAUUGUGACGACCACAUGAAACCCACGUUAACCACCCACCAUAAUAACAGAUGACCUUUACACCAUCUGCCCCCAUAGAUCGCAGGUCAGAAAUUGGUAUAGUUUUUUUUUUUUUUUAAUUCUAAUUCAUUAAAAAAUAUUUUAUUAUAUGACUAAUUUCUAGAAAUUCAUCAAUGUCUGAUGUGUUUACAUGUUUUUGAGGUGCCCUGUAGAAAUGUGAACAUGUAUGUCUCUCACACUAUCAUUGAACUGAAAUCAAAAUACAUUCCCAUCCACACAUCAAA